GUCAGAGAACAUGAUUCAGUCAUUGGACCCCGGGGGCAGGCAAACCAGACCACAGUCCACGACUCCACACCCCCUCCCCUCAAAUUCUCUCUCUCUCUCCAACCCCUCAUAUAUGUGCAGACCUUUUUGAACAAGUGAUAGCGAUACCCAUUUGAUUUCUCAAGGCAAAAUGAGACCAAAGAUCUAUCUUUUUGGAGACUCCAUCACUGAAAUGUCCUUUGGCGAUGGUGGCUGGGGUGCUUCCCUUACUCACCACUUCUCUCGUGCGGUUGAUGUAGUGUUGAGAGGGUAUAGUGGGUACAAUACGAGGUGGGCUUUGAGGGUGUUGGACAAGGUGUUUCCGGCGGAGAUAGACGUCGGCAACGCCGGUGAACCGCUGGCUGUGACUGUGUUCUUUGGUGCAAACGACGCGUGCCUUCCCGAUAGAUGCUCUGCCUUCCAACACGUUCCUCUUGAUGAGUAUGAGCAUAACCUCCGCUCCAUUGUCUCCUUUCUCAAGAUGCGAUGGCCUACAACUCAUGUUCUCCUCAUCACUCCUCCUCCAAUUGAUGAAGCUGGGCGCCUUCUAUAUCCUUAUUUUGACAAUACAUCGGGUCUGCCAGAGAGGACGAAUGAAGCUGCUGGUGCUUAUGCCAAAGCAUGUAUUGCUGUUGCUAGAGAACUUGGAAUCCCCGUGGUGGAUCUGUGGACCAAAAUGCAGCGGUUUCCUGACUGGCAAAAAUCUUUCUUAGGGGAUGGCUUGCACCUCACUUUGGAUGGCAAUAGAAUCGUUUUUGAGGAAGUCAUCAACAUACUGACGAGGGAAGGCUUGAGUUUGGAAACUCUACCGGUUGAUCUCCCACACAUAAAAGAGAUUGAUCCUAUUGAUCCUCUUAAGGCUUUUAAAAUUUAGAAAACAUAGCAUCUCAAUAUUUUGGUGUUAUUUUCCUGUUAUGCCAGUUACAAAAUUGGUUAAGUUUGCGUCGUCAUAUGUGUAAAUGUUCUGAAUACAGUUCUUUGAUACUGCUCGAGUGACAUUGUUGUUCAUUUUAUCUCUUUCAAGUUCCUCUUUAGGCAUAUUACGACCUGCUUUAAUGGCUAUGGAACCCAACAAAAUGGAUGUAUAUGUGGUUGCCUUUCCUCUUGUUUUUUUUUUGAGUUUUGGAGUUUGUGACUCAUGGAAG